AGUCUCGAGUGGACCGUCGAGACAGAAGAAGGAGGCGUCAUUGUUUUGGUCGGCUGGUCUUGCAGAAGACUGAGUGAAGAGAAAACUAACAGGGCAAUACAUCUGAUUUUAUUAUUUAAAUAACCAGAUCAGUCACCAUGACAACCAAGCGCGGACUGAUAACUGAUUCAUUCAAGGUGGUGAAGAAAGCUCGGAGGGUGAAACGAGAGAAGAGGCCUUCUUCUCCUCCUCCGCCACAGCAAGAGGUUGAAACUGAAACGGUCCGAGAGGAGGAGCUGCAGAGGCUCAGACAGUUUGACCUGGACUGGAGAUUCGGGCCCUGCACAGGGAUCAGCAGGUUGCAGAGAUGGGAGAGAGCAGAGCUUUAUGGUCUGAGCCCACCUACGGAGAUCAGAGACCUGCUCCUGCAAACACACACUGACCCCGCCUACAACCUGAGCCUAUGGAGCGACUAUCCUUUGUAAGAGAGACAUUGUAA